UCUCCGGAACCCGAUUGGUCGAUGCUCUCGCUCCUUAAAAAUGUUAAGAAGAGGUUUAUGUCGUUCCUCUUCAUAAUUUCUAACACAUUUUUCACGAAUUUACAAAAAACCAAAAAUUGGUGAUCUUGCCUUGACGUAUAUGUUCUAGUGUUUAAAUAAACGAAAGAUUCAUUUUCAAGGAAAAUGUCGCGCUAUGGAUCUGAUUGUAAAGUUUAUGUGGGAGAUUUGGGCAAUAGUGCCUCCAAGCAAGAAUUGGAGGAUGCUUUUAGGUAUUAUGGACCUCUGAGGAAUGUAUGGGUUGCUCGAAAUCCACCAGGAUUCGCAUUUGUGGAGUUUGAGGAUGCGAGGGACGCCGAGGAUGCAAUAAGGGGGCUAGAUGGGCGCACUAUAUGCGGUAGGCGCGCUCGGGUGGAAAUGUCCAACGGGAAGAGCGGCAGCGGCCGUUACAGAGGGCCGCCGCCGAGAUCGCGAGGCCGACCUUUUCACCCCGACGACCGCUGUUACGAAUGCGGGGACAGAGGGCACUACGCUCGCGACUGCCAUAGAUACAGACGUGGCGGACGGCACAGGUAUAGUCUGUGGCCGAUAGUAAGGUAAAGCGUUGAGUUCAUUCUCGUCUCGUUGUAUGCCUCUCCCGCUGACUACUGCGUAGAGCUGCCACGUAGUACAUCGCUCACUCUGUCUGCACACGACUGCAUUAUACAUACGAGACUGCUAGUGAGCCAGUGAGUUACCAGCUCUUUCGGGUGUAGCCCUACCUAGUUGAUUUACUCUACCUCUACCUACAAUGUUAACUUCACGUCUCACGAGCUCACAGACAAUGGUAAAAACUUACAUCUAAAUAUCUCUCUUUAACAUUUGACUCGAUUCUAUCUACCUACACAAUUAACAAGUUUUGACAAAACGACAGUGCCAGUCGCUAUAUUAUUGGAGCUGCAGAACAAGUCAAUUCUCGAUUCGCAGCGCCAAUAAUACUUGAAAUUAGUCCUCUACUUUUUGAUUGUGCCGCGCUUUUAUUAACUGCAGUCGUGACACUCGAAAUUCAACAGGCCAUUAUAAAAAUUUCACACACUUUUUCGUUUCAGGUUAGUAUUUCACCUUUUUAUUACCCAAAUUGUACUCGAGGAACGAUUCAGAACAAUAACCAGUUUCGUACUUACUCGUAGCGACCUAGUCUCCGAAUCGAUUCAUUUAAACAAAACCCUUUUUCUUGCACUUACGUUUUGUUUAAAUGAAAUUAUAAACCCACUGUCGUUUUUCACGUUACUCUCCUUCUGUGU